AUGGACCCUUGCAACUGCCUCUUGACCAGUUUGAGCACCUCCAGAAUUAUGCUGCAGCUGACUGUCAUGAUCAAUUAUAUUCUGUACUACAGCCUUCCAGAGAAAUAUACGCGUACUUUUACACAGGAUAUUGGCUCAUUUUUCUGGUUGUUUCUCAGCAAUGUUAGCCUCUGGUGUGCCACAUGGCUCGAUAUUUUCUACUGUGUGAAGGUCACCAACUUCCCCCAUCACCUGUUUCUCUGGCUGAAGCUAAGGAUCGAUGUACUUGCACCCAGACUGCUCGGAAUGGUGGUAAUAGCUCUCAUCCUCUUCUCUGUUCAUCCAACCAUUCUUUAUUUUGAAACUAAGAAGUUCUGCGAUCUCUCAGGAACUCUGACACAGAAUGCCAGUCUCAGCAAGGUUUGCCACGACCCAUUAUUAGCUUUUAGAACUCUACAGUUCUGCUCUAUAUGCAUGAGUUUCAUUCUCAGUGUAACGGCUUCCAUGGUUUUGCUCAUUUCUCUUUGGAUGCACAUAAGGAAUCUAAGAAAGAGUGGCCCUGCCAUUAAGGACCUCAGCACUCAGGUCUAUCUCAAUGUCAUGAAGUCUUUGUUGUUCUCUCUGUUGUUUGGCAUUAUAUAUUUUGCUGCUCUAGUCAUUCCUUUGGCUAAUUUGUACACGUAUGGCACAAAUAUGCAAUUAGUCUUUGAUUUAGUGCUGCCGGCACUCCUUUCAGCACACUCGGUAAUCUUGAUAUUGUCCAAUGCAAAACUGAAAGUAAUUUUAGUGCGCAUUCUGAAACUCAGAUAA